AUGAAAACAGAUCAGGAUCAUGAUUCAUUUAUUGGAAUCAAAUCAUUACCAAGAAUCUGUAAUCUUGUAAUAUUGGGGCAGCCACAAGCUCAAGUUAUGCUUGCUAGAUUAUUGAAUCUUUCUACAAUGUCUUUACUGGUUUGGUUCACCACACUACAGAGCAAUGCUGAUUUAACUCAAGAGAACUACAGGGGGAGGAAGGAAAAUCUUACCCGAGCUAUGGAGCAUGAGUCAAAUGGAAAUUCUUCUGCUGCUUAUGAGUGCUAUCAGAAAGCUGUUGACAUUUCACCUUCAAUUGCGCAUGAGUUAAUCCAGGUGUUAAAGCAGGAGAAUAUAAGUUAUGUUGUGGCUCCUUAUGAAGUAGAUGCUCAAAUGACCUUCUUGGCAGUCAGCAAACAAGUUGAUGCUGUUAUCACAGAGGACUCAGAUUUGAUACCAUUUGGAUGCCCCAGGAUUAUUUUUAAAAUGGACAAAUUUGGGCAAGCUGUUCAGUUUCAGCAUUCCAUGCUACAACAGAACAAGGAUUUGACUUUUGCUGGAUUUACAAAGCAAAUGAUUCUUGAAAUGUGCAUUUUGAGUGGCUGUGACUAUCUGCAGUCAUUACCAGGAAUGGGACUGAAAAGGGCUCAUGCACUUAUAAAACGAUUUACAACUUACGACCAGGUGAUAAAGCACCUAAGAUACAGCAUUUCUUCGGUUCCACCUCUUUAUGAAGAAUCAUUCAAGAAAGCACUACUGACCUUUCAGCAUCAACGUGUUUACGAUACAAUUACCGAAAAAAUUGUUUAUUUGUCUGACAUUUCUGAGAAUAAUGAGGAUGAUGGGGAUUUCUUAGGGCCAUAUCCUUUUUAAAUAUAGUUUUUCUCAAGUUAAAAUUUCUGCUUCUAUUUAAUAAUUGUGAAAUACUUGA